CUUAGCAGAAGAGCUGGCGCCAGUGUUUUCCUGUGCUGUGCUGUGCUGUGCUGUGCUGUGCUGUGAGUUCUGCUGCAGGGAGCAGUGACGGGGCCAUGGAGGAGCUGGGAAGACAUCCCGUGCAAAUGUGAAAUCUGCUAACAAAUGUAGCUCUUGCUUGCAAGUAGACAGUCAUUGGGAUGGACAUUUCCCCUUCUUCAGUUCGAAGUUUGGAUUUUUUAGUUCAGAUUACUUAAAUGAGGAUACAUCUUCAAGCCUAUGGAAGUAUGGAGACAUUAUGUGUGAAGAAUGCAGUGACCUAUAAUGAUGUACAUGUCGACUUCACUUGGGAAGAGUGGGCUUUGCUGGAUCCUUCCCAGAAGAAUCUCUACAAAGAUGUGAUGCUGGAGACCUACAGGAACCUCAUUACCAUAGGAUAUACUUGGGAAGACCAUAAUAUUGAAGAAUAUAUUCAGAGUUCUAGAAGACAUGAAAGGUAAGUACAGAUACCCCUUCUCCUUAAAGAAGCCUCUUUUAUAGCAAAUGGAAACCCUAAGAGACAGCAUGACUGGAAUUAAUGAAGGAAUCUCACAUGCAGCCCAGCUCCAACACAUACAGCAGGCAGGUUUUGUUUGUUGUUUUCUUUUUUGACACACGAUUUCAUGUAAUCCCAUCUGGCUUUGACCUCUCUGUGUAGCACAGGAUGGUCUUAAAUAGCUGAUCCUCCUGCUUUUGCCUCCCAGUGAUGAGAGUACAAGAACAAGACACCACACCCAGCUGUAAUGCAUUUUUGAGAAUAUUUCAUCAUUCCAAAUAAUCUCAUUGACACAACAGAUGGCUGAGCUCUCAACUCCUUAUGUGAAUCAGAUGUAAAUGGGGUCACUGUUGAAUGUUGUCAGCUAACUGCACCUGUUGAGGGUUAAAGGCAAGUUCUAUUUUGAAAGAAAAUCACUUGGUGCAUUCUUUUCAUGUAUUGACUUUUGCUCCUUACACGUUUUUGACUGAAUUGUGUCCUCAGUAUAAUAUCUAUAAAUAGGUUAUCAGUAUGUGAGAUGUAGCUCAUAAGUGACAAGAAUACUAGACAAUAAGUUCCAGAAUAUCAAAAAUAUUUAUCUUGUGUAUAUAUAGGAUUAUAAUAAAAUACUCCAACAAAAAUUCCCAAGUGUAAAUAAUUAUUAGCAUGGGUGCAACAGAAAAAUUUAAUAAUGAUAUUAUCUGAGUAGAAACAUUGGGAAGCUUAAUUUUUAUUUAAAAUAUUUAUUUACUUAUGUAUCCUUUAUUUAUGGUUAUUUUUACAUGAACUCGAUUUAUCAGGUUAAAAAUUAUUUUCAAAUAUUAAACUAGAUUUUCUUUGUAAAUCUUAAAAUUGAUUAAAGCACACAGAUUCCACCAGCUCUGAUUAGACCAAAAGGUGAUACUUUGUUCUCCUAUCCAAUCACACUACCCUCUAGACUUUAGGCCCAGGAGUACAGCCUGUGCACCCAUGUCCCCACUCAUUGCAGCCCCAGUUGUAGGCCAGAAGGCAGGACUCCUGAAGGCAGGCCUGACUACCACCACCCCAGUGGAUACUGUAACCUACAAGUCCACCCCACCACCCAAACCCACUAAUCCUCUGAGACCACAAUUACUCCCUGAGACUCAUACUCUGCCAGCUUACCAGCUCCUAUUGGACCAAGAGGUGAGUCUUUGUUCUCCUAGACUAUCACACCAGCCUCUAGAAUUUAGACCCAGGGCACAACCCAUGCCCUCAUACUCCUACCUAUUGCAGCCCCAGUUGCAGGCCAGCAGGCAGGACUCCUGCAGGCAGACCUGAAUACAACCAUCUCCUGCCCUACUGUGUAAACUACAAGCCCCAUUCCAUCCCUAAACCCACCCAUCUUCUGAGACUGCAGCUGCUCCCUGAGAUACAGACUGCCAGCUCUGAUUGGACCAAGAAUUCUGAUUGGACCAAGAGUGCCAAUGGGAUCAAAAGAGGCUCUGUAGCUGGAGUUUUUUCUGGUCCUGCCUG